UCUCUCUGUUCUCACCCUGAGUAAACAAAAAUUAAAAAAUUCGGGUAUUUUCCUUCAUUCUUCUCUGACGCUCUGGUUUGUGUAAUUUCCCGGCAACGGAGGAGGAAGAGUGUAAGCAAGAAAUUACUCUUCUUCUACGAAACAGAAACAUACCUCUCUCUCCUUCGAUUCUCUUCCUCUUUAGUUUGAUCAAAAGCUUUCUUUUUCUUUUUCUGUUCAUGGUUUCCUCCAUCGCAGUUGGUGACGCCAAAAAGAUGGAGUUAGAAUCCAAGGAAUCACUAUCUGCUGACAUGCCAUCUUUGCUGAGAAGAUCAGCUGAAGCUUUUAAUGGAGGCAGUGAAUAUCGUUCUGCAACUGAUCUAAGCAUAUUCUCUAGUUCAUUGCCUACACUUUUUCAUGAAAAGCUGAAUAUGACCGAUUCAGAUAGCUGGCUCUCACUUGAUGAUAACUCACCCAAUCUGAACAAACUCGUCAUGGGAAACUCAGAGAAGGAUUCUUUGGAAGAUGCCGAACCUCAUUCUUUAGAAAUCUUGCUUCCUGAGGAUGAAAACGAGCUUCUUCCUGGCCUCAUUGAUGAGCUUAAUUUCAGCGGCCUGCCUGAUGAACUUGAAGAUCUUGAUGUAUUUUGCACUGGAGGGGGUAUGGAGCUGGAUGCUGAAUCCCAACGCGAUGCUGCAAGUUCAUUUGUUACUCGUAAACGCUCCAAUACAUCUUUCAGAGUUUCAGUGGAGCAUCCAAACGGUGAACAUCCUUCAAGGACAUUGUUUGUGAGGAAUAUCAACAGCAGUAUCGAUGAUUCAGAGUUAACCGCUCUCUUUGAGCCGUUUGGGGAGAUCAGGAGUUUGUACACAGCAUGCAAAAGCAGAGGUUUUGUAAUGAUAUCCUACUAUGAUAUCCGAGCUGCUCAUGCCGCAAUGCGUGCACUGCAGAACACUCUCUUAAGAAAAAGGACACUGGACAUUCACUACUCCAUUCCUAAAGAAAAUCCGUCAGAGAAGGAUAUGAAUCAAGGGACUCUUGUGAUUUUUAAUGUGGACUCAACUGUAUCAAAUGAUGAGCUCCUUAAGCUGUUCGGUGCCUAUGGUGAAAUAAGAGAGAUUAGAGAAACCCCAAACAGGAGAUUCCACAGGUUUAUUGAGUACUAUGAUGUUAGAGAUGCAGAGGCAGCUCUAAAAGCACUGAACAGAAGUGAGAUAGGUGGGAAAUGUAUAAAGCUCGAACUUAGCCGUCCUGGAGGAUCCCGUCGAGUCUCGGUCCCGUCAACAAGUCAAGAUAUGGACAGACACGAAGUUUCAAGUUUCCUAGCUUCACAGGUUGCCAAUUCUCCACCAGGUAACUGGCCCAUUGGCAGCCCCUUGAAGGGCUCUCCCACGCAUGCCUUUCCGAGGCCACCCGGUCUAGGAAUCAUCAGGCCGUUUAACCGAGAUAACAUGCCUGGAUUAGCUUCAGUUCUCCCUGGUCAGACCUCCAGCUUUCAUGGAUUUUCGCCAGUCAGUAACGACCAAGGGCUAUUGAAUCAUCCAAACCAAACUAUUCUGAAUAACGCUUUGAUGCACAACGUCUCCUAUGGGCAACCUCAUUCGUUGCCAGAGCAUAUAGGAGGGGGAAUUUCGAAC